GUAUCUCCAAAAUUAGGGAUAGGGUUUUCAAAUUGCAGGAAAAAUCAAAUCAACCAUAGGGUUGUAGAGAGGAUAAUGGGAAGGUAUCGAAGCCGUAGCAGAAGUUACAGCCCCACCGUUAGACGUAAACGCUACGACGACGAACCACCACGUGACCGUCGCCGUGACCGUCAUUCUCCUGGACAACCUACUGGCCUUCUUGUUCGUAACAUCUGUCUUAGCGCAAGGCCGGAAGAUAUUAGGGUCCCCUUUGAACGUUUUGGUCCCUUAAAAGAUGUUUAUCUGCCCAAGAAUUACAAUACUGGGGAACCACGAGGAUUUGGCUUUGUGAAGUUCCGUUAUGCCGAAGAUGCAGCUGAAGCAAAAGCUCACUUGAACUGUACAGUUAUUGGUGGACGUGAAAUUAGGAUUGUUUUUGCGGAGGAGAAUCGGAAGACCCCUCAAGAAAUGCGCAGGGUUUUACGCACAAGUGGACCUAGCGCUCGAGGCAGCAACAGGAGACACAGUCCACCAAGGUUCCCAAGUCGCAGAUAUCACUCUUACUCGCGUUCGGCAUCCCCAGCAAGAAGACGUGACUCAAGGGACAGGGAUCAUGAGAAGCAUGAUGAUUACUACUCUCCAAGGAGAUCCAGGUCAAAGUCUCGGUCUAUUUCUCCAAGGGAUGGAAGAAAUUGUAGGCUGAAAGGAAGAUCUUCAAGGCAAUCGAGACCAAUGUCCAGGUCAAAUUCUCCACACAAUCAGAAAAAGGGUAGGUUCAGCAGGAGUCCAAGAGAUAAUAGUCAGAUUGCUCAUGAUGUGGACUUUUCCCCAAGCAGACUUGAGAGUCCUGGAAGAAAUGCAGACAGCUCAGCAAGAUCACGCUCUAGGUCCGACAGUCCUCGUUGAUGGUUUGCUCGUUGUCAUCACCAUCUGCUGAUCUUUUUUGGAGUUCUUGGGAAAAGCAUAUGCUAUAUCAUGGUCUAGACUGGACACAUGCAAACUAUGACAGAUUACAACUUAUAAUUACGUCUGUUAUGUUUGUGUUUUGUUUCUUUUUGUAAUGUCACGCUUAACUGAUGGGCUACUGUAAUAUAGCGUAGUCGUGGGUCAACAAUGGUUAUUUUCUGUUUCUGUCCUGCUAGUUCUCUAAAUUUAAAGUUACAAUGGACUUGUAGCUA